GAUAAAGGUAAGAAGGGAGGGGGGGAUAUAAUUUUUUUUUUUAUUAAUAAAAAAAAUAUUUAAAUUUAAAUAAAAAAUACAUUCACUCACUCACACAGCACCCAGACACAGCACCCCCAGACACACACAGCACCCCCAGACACACACAGCACCCAGACACAGCACCCCCAGACACACACAGCACCCCCAGACACACACAGAACCCCCAGACACACACAGAACCCCCAGACACACACAUAACCCAGACACACACAGCACCCAGACACACACAGCACCCCCAGACACACACAGCACAGCACCCCAGACACACACAGCACUCCCCAGACACACAGCACCCCAGACACAGCACCCAAACUCACACUGCACCCCAGACACCCACAGACACACACAGCACACAGCACCAGACACACACAGCACCCAGACACACAACACCCCCAGACACACACAGCACCCAGACACACAGCACCCCAGACACACACAGCACCCAGACACACACAGCACCCAGCACACAGACACACACAGACACACAGCUACACACACAGCACCCCUCAGACACACACAGCACCCAGACACACACAGCACCCCCAGACACACACAGCACCCAGACACACACAGCACCCCCAGACACACACAGCAUCCCCAGACACACACAGCACCCAGACUCACACUGCACCCCCAGACACACACAGCACCCCCAGACACAGCACCCAAACUCACACUGCACCCCCAGACACACACAGAACCCCCAGACCCACACAGAGACCCCCAGACACACACAGCACCCCAGACCACACACAGCACCCCCAACACACACAGCACCCAGACACACACAGCACCCUCACUCACACACACAGCACACUCCCACACACACACACAUAUAUAUAUAUAUAUAUAUAUAUAUAUAAAUAAAAUAACCCUCAGUGAGUUAACAGACAAAGAAAAUUAGAAACCUAGAAUGUGACAGCAGAAAAAAACACCCUCACACACAGCACCCCUCUUACAUACACACACUGCGCCCCUCACACAUACUAUAAGUCCAAAUAUAUAUAUAUAUACACACACACACACACACACACACACACACUACAGCACCCCUCACACUGCACCACUACAAACAUUACGCUCCAGAUACACACUAGAUCUAUUACCCUAUAUGCACACUUAAUUCUCUACACACACACACACACACACACACAGACACAGGGUCCUUUACACAGUAGAUCUCCUACACACACACACACUACGUUCCUUGUCAGCAAACACAUACAACAUUAUCUAAACACACCCUCUCUGCAACCCCUACACACACUACGUCACCUAUACACACACACUCGCUGCAUCCCCUUUAAAACUAUGCCCCCUAUACACACACUCUCUACAGCCCCUAGCCACACAUAUUACACCACAAAUACAAAUGAAAUUGACCUAUUUACACAAUACCACACCACACUCUACACACACGCAAUCCCACAAGCAGGCUCCAAACAUAUGCACCAUGCACUUUCCUGGCCCUUUUGUCCUCUGGUAUCCCACUUGUGGAGACACCAGAGACAAUUUAAAAGCAAACACAGUGCAAGCAUGUUAUUAAAUUUGCUUGCGCUGCGCAAAACAAAUUCAGGGCCUUUUUCUAAUGCCAGAGCUCUUCAGCAGGGCUCUGGGCAUUGAACCAACAUGCUCACUUUGAGAGGGGGAGUACUUGUCAUUAGUGAUGACAAAACACACACUCUCUGGCCCCGCCCCCUUCUUAGGGGGCCGCUCUGAUUGAAAAAUGCCCGGGCCUAAUUUUUUUCCCAGUCCGGCCCUGUAAAUAGGGAAGUGCUGAUGCCAUUGACAGAACACUGGUGAGACCUCACUUGGAGUAUUGUACACAGUACUGGAGACCGUAUCUUCAGAAGCAUAUUGAUACCUAAGAGAGGGUUCAGAGAAUGACUACUAAACUGGUUCAUGUAUUGCGGGAUAAAACUUACCAGGAAAGGUUAAAGGAUCUUAACAUGUAUAUCUUGGAGGAAAGACGAGACAGGGGGGAUAUGAUAGAAACAUUUAAAUAUAUAAAGGGAAUCAACACAGUAAAGGAGGAGACUAUAUUUAAAAAAAGAAAAACUACCACAACAAGAGGGACAAAGGUAAAGGUUAAAAAUAAUAUCAGGAAGUAUUACCUGAGAGGGUAGUGGAUGCAUGGAAUAGCCUUCCAGCUGAAGUGGUAGAGGUUAACACAGUAAAAGAGUUUAAGCAUGCAUGGGAUAGGCAUAAGGCUAUCCUAACUAUAAGAUAAGGCUAGGGACUAAUGAAAGUAUUUAGAAAAUUGGGCAGACUAGAUGGGCCGAAUGGUUCUUAUCUGCCAUCACAUUCUAUGUUUCUAUGUAACAGUCAAUCAAGUUUGGUAGUCUUAUACAGAUUUCCCUGCAGGCACCAUAGUCUGUGGGCAGGAGGGUGGCAAGCAGGCUCCUCCAGGAGCUUGUGGCAAACUCACUUGGAGAGGGGAGUUUGUCACAGACCCCAUCAUGGUGUUACUCCCUAGUUUCUUUCUAGAGCUGCUUAGGACCCUGAACGUGGCACAAAUGUGUUUAAUGAUGCACUCGUGCUAUGCUUUCUAGGGAAAGUAUCCUGGUGUCUGCCAGCCGUCACAUGUCCUCUCCUUCCCUUCUAGCAGACAGAAGCUCCUUGUAUGUAAUUUGGGCACUGGCAUACAUAUCAUGGUCGCAGGGGUUGCAGGGGUCGCAGCUGCGACCGGGCUCGGCCCACCAGGGGGCCUGGCCACCCUGUGACCGGGUAUUUACGCCAGUUUGCCAGCCUCUUCUUCUGGGGGCCCCCAGGCUGGCAGUGGUGUCAAUCUGCAGGUUGGCGGGUGCGUGAGGGAGCAUUCUCCCCUGAGCGCUCUCUGCCCAGCUCUUUCGCGUGAACUGCAGUGAUUCCGGAGCCAGAAUAUGGCAUCAUUCUGGCUCCGGCAUCAGUAAGUGGAUCGAGAGCUGAAAAGGAGGAUCAGUUCUCCCUCGCGGCCUGCACUGGACCCCGGGGAAUCCCCUCAACACUCCCAAAGGUAGGGAGGCUGGGGGAUAAAAAAAAUGAGUGUGUGUGUAUAUGUGUGUUAGUGUGUGUGUGUUAAUUUUUGUGUGUCUGUGUGUGAGUUACUGUGUGUGUCUGUUACUGAGUGUGUUAGUUGUGUGUUUGUGUGUGUCUGUUAUUUAGUGUGUGUCUGCUAGUGUGUGUGGUAGUUGUGUGUUAGUUUGUGUGUGUCUGUUAUUGAGUGUGUGUCUGCUAGUGAGGAUCAGUGUGUGUGAGUGUGUUACUGAGCGUGUUAGUUUGUGUGUGUCUGUUUGGUGUCUGUUAGUGAGUGUGUGUUUGUUAGUGAGUGUGUGUUUGUCAGUGAGAGUGUAUGUUUGUAAGUGAGUGUGUAUGUCUGUCUGUCAGUGAGUGUGUAUGUAUGUCUGUCACUGAGUGUGUGUCUGUCAGUAAAUGUGUGUGUCUGUUAGCUAGUGUGUAUGUGUCUGUUUGUGAGAGUGUGUGUGUGUGUGUGGUUAAAACUCCUUCAGCACUUACCUUUCUCCAGCGCCGGGCUCCCUGGCGCUGGGGAUCUCUCCGCCCGUUCCGCCUCUCAGCUCCGAAUGUGCAUGCAUGGCAAGCGUGCAUUCAAACCACCCAUAAGAAAGCAUUACUCAAUGUUUUUCUAUGGACGUCCUGCGUCUUCUCACUGUGAUUUUCACAGUGAGAAUCGCAAAAGCGCCUCUAGCGGCUGUCAGUGAGACAGCUACUAGACGCUUGAUUAACCCUCAGUGAAACAUAGCAGUUUCUCUGAAACUGCUAUGUUUUCAGCUGCAGGUUUAAAACUAGAGGGACCUGGCACCGAGACCACUUCAUUGAGCUGAAGAAAUCUGAGUGCCUAUAGUGGUCCUUUAUGUGUAUGUAUCUGCAUGCAGUGGCGUACAUACAGCGGUCGCAGGGCUGGGACCAGGUGCCCACCGCAAAGUGUUGCGGCCCCAGCACUGGGGCCCCUAUGGAUCCCAUGUAUGCCACUGAAUCUGGGACAGAGAAAAAGGUGGAUGUAGUGAGUGUAGCAGAAAGUGGACAUGCCACACUGUAAAGCGUAGGAAGCACCAAGAGCAUUUGCGCAGUGUGCAAACUCAGCUUAAUGCUAACUAUUUUAUGGUCAGACAGUCUGACACAAGCUUGGUUCCCCUGUAUCCCUCCUAAGUUCCCCUAUUUAAUUCUCUAUACUUAAUUCCCUGGAGUUUCAGUUCUAUUCGCUACUGUAUUUAUCUGGAUCUGUAUAUAGUGACUUGGUAGUUUUUUGGCAUGUUUGUAUUUUUUAUUUUUUUUUAUUUUUUUACAGUUCACAGUUAAUUUUGCAUCGAAAUUAUCAUUCAACAUCAAAUACUCUGAUUACUGCAAAUUAUGUUUAUGUAGUGCUACAAUUCCUAAACUAAAACUUAAUUGAGUUGGUCAAGAUUUAAUCAUUGUACAGUGUAACUGUUUUCCCAAUCACAGUAAAUCUAAUUGACUUGCAAUAUGUUAAGCAAUGAUAUUGAAAGCACAGCCUACUUAUUUAAGUUCAAUUAGUUCCCUACAAUAAUUUGCAAGCAAAUUAAGCAGUUAAGGAGUUUAGGCAAGUACAUUUAAUUCAGUACAAAAAAAAAAAUAUUUCAAAAAAUAUUAAAAAAUUUAUUUUCUUUUUAUCCACAUAAGCAUGAACUGUCUUAUAAACUUAAAAUAAGUAAAAAAAUAAAAUAAAAUAAACUAUGAAAAUGCAUUACUAUGAAUAUGAUUCACUGAAUAGUAAUAGUUUCAUUUUAUUUAACAUAAAUUAAUUUAGAAGACAAAAAGUGUUUCUUAGAAUUCAUUGAAAGACUAGGUUUGUUAAAGUACAUUCAAUUAGUAUUUUAUUUAUGUUUCAAGGGUGAGCACUGCAAAGCAAUUAAAAAAAAUCAUAUAGUAGAAGAUGUCAGGAGCAGUGAUGGAAGAUGACUGCUUGCUUGCAUCUUCUGUUAUAGCAGGGUUUGGAUGAAUCUAUUUACCUAUGCCUAGAAAGUCACUGGCUGGAGCCAUCUGCCAAUUUCUCCAUGGUAAUUGUGCUUUAGUAGCUAUUUUCCAACUUUGAAACCCUGGACAGGAUUAUAUUUCCAUUUUAGUUUAUUGUGCAAUGUAGUCCAAGAUGAUGCUUGAGGAUCUUUUUUAAUUCCUGACAAAUUCACUACUGACUAUGCACGACUGACUAAUGACUAAACACUUCAAAUUAGGUGAAGUUACCUCCCAGGUUAGUUCCUCAAUGGCAUACAUGAAUGCUAAAGUCAUAUAUACACAAUUUGUAAUCUGUAUUAAAUACACUUCUCAAAAAAAUAAAGGGAACACUUAAACAACACAACGUAACUCCAAGUCACUCACACUUCUGUGAAAUCAAACUGUCCACUUAGGAAGCAACACUGAGUGACAAUCAAUUUCACAUGCUGUUGUGCAAAUGGGUUAGACAACAGGUGGAAAUUAUAGGCAAUUAGCAAGACACCCCCAAUAAAGGAGUGGUUCUGCAGGUGGUGACCACAGACUACUUCUCAGUUCCUAUGCUUCCUGGCUGAUGUUUUGGUCACUUUUGAAUGCUGGCGGUGCUUUCACUCUAGUGGUAGCAUGAGACGGAGUCUACGACCCACAAAAGUGGCUCAGGUAGUGCAGCACAUCCAGGAUGGCACAUCAAUGCAAGCUGUGGCAAGAAGGUUUGCUGUGUCUGUCAGCGUAGUGUCCAGAGCAUGGAGGUGCUACCAGGAGACAGGCCAGUACAUCAGGAGACGUGGAGGAGGCAGUAGGGGGCAACAACCCAGCAGCAGGACCACUACCUCCGUCUUUGUGCAAGGAGGAACAGGAGGAGCACUGCCAGAGCCCUGCAAAAUGACCUCCAGCAGGCAACAAAUGUGCAUGUGUCUGCUCAAACGGUCAGAAACAAACUCCAUGAGGGUAGUAUGAGGGCCUGACGUCCACAGGCUUACAGCCCAUCACCGUGCAGGACAUUUGGCAUUUGCCAGAGAACACCAAGAUUGGCAAAUUUGCCAAUUUGCCACUGGCGCCCUGUGCUCUUCACAGAUGAAAGCAGGUUCACACUGAGCACAUGUGACAGACUUGAGAGUCUGGAGAUGCCGUGGAGAACGUUCUGCUGCCUGCAACAUCCUCCAGCAUGACUGGUUUGGCAGUGGGUCAGCAAUGGUGUGGGCUGGCAUUUCUUUGGGGGGGCCGCACAGCCCUCCAUGUGCUUGCCAGAGGUAGCCUGACGUGGAGGCCACACACACUGCUGAGCCUCAUUUUGACUUGUUUUAAGGACAUUACAUCAAAGUUGGAUCAGCCUGUAGUGUGUUUUUCCACCUUGAUUUUGAGUGUGACUCCAAAUCCAGACCUCCAUGGGUUGAAAAAUUUGAUUUCCAUUUUUUAAUUUUUGUGUGAUUUUGUUGUCAGCACAUUCAACUAUGUAAAGAACAAAGUAUUUCAGAAGAAUAUUUAAUUCAUUCAGAUCUAGGAUGUGUUAUUUUUGUGUUGCCUUUAUUUAUUUGAGAAGUGUACAUUGAAAGGAAGGUGAUUAACUUCAUGUUAAAGCCACUUACUACCAAACCUCAGAUCUCUCAUUACCACUACCAUGAAAACAUUAGAAGUAUCACAGUUCCAGCACAGAUCCUCACAUGGUUCCCUGCCAUUUCUGUAAGUAAUAUUUUCUUAUCUAUGACUUGCUAACUACCACUGAUUAUAUGGCCCACUGUGUCAUCUAUCACUGUAUUGUUUUAUGUACAACUACAUAUAGGUUUUACUGUGACAGAGCAAUAUCAUAAAGGAUUUACUGUGACAGAGCAAUAUGCCUUCCAUUAAAGCGGCACUGUCAUGCCGAACUUACCUUUCUUUAAUCAAUUCCUCUUUUCUCCCUCUGCCAGGAUCUGUUCUACAUUUCUUCCUGUCUACUCUAGUUUUCUUUGAAACAUAAGACAAAGUAGGGACUACUUGUCUUAUGGAAGUUUCCUACGCCUGACCAUCUCUGACCAGCAGAGGAGCAAAAUGUGCUUCAUUUCCGGUGGUCAGAGAAAUUUUCCCAUAAUUCUUACCUUUCCUCCCUGUUCCCGCGAUGCUCCUGUCAAAUUGCGUCCUCAGAGAAUGAGAACAGUUUCUCUAUUCGUGUUAGGAUGCAAUUCGUGACUUUAUUUGGAUCGGAAUUUCAUUCUAAUGAAUGAAGCUAUGAUCCUAUUCGUGCCGCGGCUGCAUCUUGCAGCCGCUUAGUAGAUAACUCCCUAAUUCUCACAGGAUCAGGGAGCUAUCUACCAAAAGGCAGAAAUUGGUCUUUUAGCCACAUUUACUAAUACUAAGUAAAGAUUACUUAGAAUUAGUAAAUUCUGCCCCUACUCGCUAUAUCGCGAGUAGGGGCAUGUAUAGUAAACAGUGAGCAGCCAGUGGCUGCUCACUGUUAAAAAAAACAAAAAACAUCUCCCCCCUCCCGAGCCCACCCAUGCCACUCCAGUGGGGGAUAUUAAACUGAAGGGGGGACCUAGAGCAGCGGGUGGGGGCCCUAAAUGUGAUUGUGGGGGGGACCUUUUGUCCUCCUCCCUGGCCCCCAACCCUGAGCGGUGAGUGGGGGCCCUAAAGUAUAAUGAGGGGGGUUGGACCUAUUGUCCUCCCCCCUGCCCCCACCCCUGUGCAGCAUGUGGGGGCCUUAAAUAAUAAUAAGGGGGGCCCUAUUACCUUCCCCUCCAGCCCCCACCCCUGAGUGGCGGGUGGGGGCCCUAAAUGAGAAUGCCGGGGGGACUAUUUUAUUUGUUUGGGUGAGAGGGGGUGACUAGGGGCUUGAGGAUUCCUAGUCACCUUGGGGGGGAUUUUCAUUUAGGGCCCCCACCCACUGCUCAGAGGUGGGGGCCAGGGGGGAGGACAAUAGGUCCCCCCCCACAUUCUCAUUUAGGGCCCCCACCUGCCGCUCAGGGGUGGGGGUCGGGGGGAGGACAAUAGGUCCCCCCACCCUAUUGUUAUUUAGGGCACCCACCCACCACGCAGGGGUGGGGGCCAGGGGGGAGGACAGUAGGUGCCCCCUUAUUGUUUUUUGUCCCCCACCCACCGCUCAGGGGUGAGUGCCAGGGGGGAGGACAGUAGGUCCCCCCUUAUUGUUAUUCAGGGCCCCCACACGCCGCUCAGGGGUGGGGGCCGGGGGUAUGGGUACUAGGGGUACUGACGAAUGAAUAAAUAGAUGAAAUUCCCGUUCACAUGCCCAAGUGUUUAACUGGGCAUGUGCGCGAAUUUCACAGCUCUAUCUAGUGUGGGCAGGUAACGUGUCCGACAGGGACUUCAUCUACCAACACAAAGAUGGUGGCGCCCUGAACAUAUGUCCGGGCACAAAAGAAAGAUUGAAAAAUAGGUAAUAUCGGGGUGUUAGGGGCAUUUGGGGGUGACUAGGGGAUCAGUUAGAUGGAGUGGAGGGGGGUUAAAAAAAACGGGAUUCGGCCAUGACAGUGUUGCUUUAACUGUGAGAGAAGAUAGUGUGUGCUUUAAAAGGAGCUACAAUAUAUCAAUUAUGUUCCAAGGUGAAGCUCUCAGAGAGUGGGAGUGGGAUAUAUAGACAAUAGCAACACCUGCUCACCUAGACUGACCCAAUUGGUUCUUGAUGUGGAUUCUCUAUACCUAGUGAUAGACGAACAUUCAGGCUCCUAUGUGAAAAAAACAGAUAAACCUGUAAUGAUUUCACAUGAUCUGUUUUACAGAUGUUCUAAUUGCAGUGAUGGUCUCCUUUUUUAUCAGUAGAUACUGUUGUAUGGAGCAAGGGAAUUGCUGUGGGACUAACUGGAGUUAGAGCUCUGAAUGGGGUCAAAAAAGGCUCCAGGUCUGAUUCUCUCAACAUAUCAUUGUUAUCCCUAUGUUACUUGUAAUAUUGAGAGAUGAAAAACAAUCCAAUUUCAUAAAGUGUGUAGCAGGGCAUAACUUUGGAGGGACUAAGGUCAGUAUAGAUACAUAAAAAGUAGAGGGGGAAGAGUCUGCGCUUAACAACAAAUAGAAAGAAAGCUGCAACCCUCAAAGGGAAUCCCUCAAAAAACCCUUAUAAGAUAGACAUAAAAAUAGAGGAGUUAGGGGCUGCGCUAUUAAAAGGUAAACCAGAAAUCAAUGAAUAAAAACCAAUGAAUAAAAACGUAUAUUCAACAAUUGCUAAAAACCUGGUUGUAAUAGUUCCAAUUAUAAUAUGUUAAAGAGUAAUGUCCGUCCAAAUUGUUCAAUGAAAAUCAAAAAAAUAGAAAAUAUCCAAAAUAAAAUAAAUAGAAACAGUCUCACUGAUAUGGAGUAUGAGUACAAUCCUCAGGGGUAAUUCCGUCCGGGUUGUAAAUAGUCCAUAUAUGUGGAAAUAAGAAAAAAACUGCCAACAGUGAAAUAUUGUAAAUCCAAGGACGGAAAGAUUAAUCAAAAGGAGGAUAUUGAACUCACAUUUGAUUGAGCUACGGCCAGCUCUGAGGUGAAGGGCACUUAGUGGUAUAAUCCCCACUUCAGGAUAUAGUUGAAUAGUAGAUCCGUCCUUCCGGCUAUGGAUUACUUUGAUGUAGCUAGGACCGGCUCUUAUGUGAGAGACGCUUGGUGCUAUAUUCCCCACUUUUGGGUAUGCUGGGAGGGUUGGUCCGUCUGUUCAGCUGGGUACCGUCGUAUUCCACAGGAUAUAUGAAACAGUAAUAUUGCUCUCAGUAGGAACAAAUAAAAUAAAUAAAAUAAAAUAUACUCACAAGGAUAGAGCAGACUGGUACUGCUCUAUUACCACAGCACUGGUGGAAUUAUCCCCACCUAAGGAUUUCUUGAGACAGGAUACAGUAAAAAGUAGUAAUAGUAUAUAAAAAUUAGGAAUACAAAUAAAUAAAAUAUAAUGAUAAAAAAUGACAGGAAUAGUACUAAUAAAAGUGUAUAAAAGUACAAUAAAAUAAGUAAAAGAUUGGUCCUAUAAAAGAGGUAACCAAAAAUAACUUUUAUACACUAUUUAAAACCAUUUACGCGUUUCGCCUUUGGGGUUUUAUCAAAAUGCUAAUAGCUAUUAUAUAUUUGUCAGGAUUACUGUUUGAUCCAGCACGUAGAACUGUACAGCACGGAUGACAAAUAAGUAACGUAUUACCGGUCCUUAGAAUGGCCGGAUUUAACGUACAAAGAAUAGUCAAAAAUACUAGCCGAGGUCAGGGAACACAGAAAGGGACACAGCGAUGAGGAAAGCCAGGAGUCAGGAUACCAGAAUAUAGAGAAGUCAAUAAACAAAGCCAAAGUCAAAAACCAGGUAGAAAACUAUAAACAGGAACGCGCUCUCAGACAACCACAAGGGAAACCACGACAGGGCACUGAGCAGGCUGAGAACUGGGCCUAAAUACCCCUCCUUUAGUUCUGAUAGGCUGUAACCGGCCUUUGACCCCAAAGUCAGUUACCAGGUUUCAUUUGCAUAAUUGCUGCUCAGCAUUAACCCUUCUGUGGAUUAGGUUGCUGCUCGGCACAACUUUUCCUGUGUGGACAGUAAAUGUCAUUAACCACUUUUCUAUAAGCGGAUGAAUACAUGACACCAGGUUUCAUUUGCACAAUUACUGCUCAGCAUUAACCCUUCUGUGGAUUAGGUUGCUGCUCGGCACAACUUUUCCUGUGUGGACAGUAAAUGUCAUUAACCACAUUUCUAUAAGCGGAUGAAUACGUGACAAUAUUAUAGCUAUAAUAGCUAAUACCUAUUAUCAUUUUGAUAAAACCCCAUAGGUGAAAUGCGUAAAUGGUUUUAAAGAGUGUAUUUUAAAUCAAUAAAAGUUAUUUUUGGUUACCUCUUUUAUAGGACCAAUCUUUUACUUAUUUUAUUGUACUUAUAUUCACUUUUAUUAGUACUAUUCCUGGCAUUUUUUAUCAUUAUAUUUUAUUUAUUUUUAUUCCUAUUUUUUAUAUACUAUUACUACUUUUUACUGUAUCCUGUCACAAGAAAUCCUUAGGUGGGGAUAAUUCCACCAGCGCUGUGGCUAUAGAGCAGUACCAGUCUGCUCUAUCCUUGUGAGUAUAUUUUAUUUUAUUUAUUUUAUUUGUUCCUACUGAGAGCACUAUUACUGUUUCAUAUAUCCUGCGGAAUACGACGGUACCCAGCUGAACAGACGGACCAACCCUCCCAGCAUACCCAAAAGUGGGGAGUAUAGCACCAAGCGUCUCUCACAUAAGAGCCGGUCCUAGCUACAUCAAAGUAAUCCAUAGCCGGAAGGACAGAUCUACUAUUCAAGUAUAUCCUGAAGUGGGGAUUAUACCACUAAGUGCCCUUCACCUCAGAGCUGGCCGUAGCUCCAUCAAAUGUGAGUUCAAUAUCCUCCUUUUGAUUAAUCUUUCCGUCCUUGGAUUUACAAUAUUUCACUAUUGGCAGUUUUUUUCUGUGUUCUUAUUUCCACAUAUACAGACUAUUUACAACCCGUACGGAAUUACCCCUGAGGAUUGUACUCAUACUCCAUAUCAGUGAGACUGUUUCUAUUUAUUUUAUUUUGGAUAUUUUCCAUUUUUUCGAUUUUCAUUGAACAAUUUGGACGGACAUUACUCUUUAACAUAUUAUAAUUGGAACUAUUACAACCAGGUUUUUAGCAAUUGUUGAAUAUACGUUUUUAUUCAUUGGUUUUUAUUCAUUGAUUUCUGGUUUACCUUUUAAUAGUGCAGCCCCUAACUCCUUUAUUUUCAGUAUAGAUUCAUAGCAGAGGUCAUAAAAUGUACCCAUUGGCUGAAGUCCUGGUUUUCUUACCAACAAGCAGAACCCCUGAAUUGGAUUAUGCCUACUUGCUAGCUCUCCACAUUUUGCAUCCUCUUUGUGGAUAAGACUUGGUCUGAUCACAAUACAGUUUACUACAAAGGACAUGUUAUAAAUAUAUUAUUGCAUGAUUGUAUUUGUCUAACUUGUUGUUAACUUAGUUAACUGACAAUUGUCCACCAACUAUAAGACCUCUUUGUCAGCUCGGAAUAGGGAGAGUCACAAUUAUGUUUUGAAAAACUUAAAAAAAGAAACACUUGAAGCCGUUCAUGUUACUGUGAGAAACUUUCCAAGUGUAUUUGAAGAAGUAUAUAAGGAGAACUUAGCAGUGGAGGCUUUUAGUCUCGGCACAGAGAAAAGGUAAGUAAAAGUAUUAAAAACAUUUUUUUAUGGCAAAUGGGGUGGCGGAUACAACAGCGGCACUAUAAAGUUUGAAAUAAAGAUUUGUAUUUCCUAUAUCAGUGUAUCACUGUAUCGCAAUAGUGUUGUUUAAAUUAAUGAAUUUAUUGCUAUAUACAAAAAUCUGCCUGGGGUAUCUGCUACACGCUUUGUGCAGAAAUUAAACCAUACCUAAGCACACCUAGAAUUAAACUAUACACUUGUAUUGAUUGAUAGAUAGAUAGAUAGAUAGAUAGAUAGAUAGAUAGAUAAAGGCUUGUGCAGAAUGAUAAGAUGUGGUUCUUCUAAACAACUUCGGAAAAAUAAAUACGUAAGUAAAUAAAGAAAAAUGGCAAUGCAGAAUUUAGUUUAGUUCAUGCUGCUGUUCUGCCCAGCCAAAUUUUGGUGCUAAAAGAAAUUUCAGUGAUCAUCCUUCAGUUUGGUAAGACCAGUACCCUAUUAGCUUAUCCAACUGUAUAUGCAGCAGUAGUAGGCACCACAAGACGUAGUCAGGCAGGGCAAAACUACUACAAUCAAAUGAAUGUAAAAAAGGGGGAGCAGCAAAAGAAGUAUUUUAAUUUAAUAAUUAUUAUUAUUAUUAUUAUUAUUAUUUAUUUUAUGAGGAGAGCAAACAAGGGAAUGCUCCUAACUGGCAUAUGAGACACUGUUUCCUUACUUGCUUCUUAGGGGAUACAAGAAAUUGAAAAUAACACAUAAUUUCCAUGCCACCACAAGCCAUAAUCUCACCAUUUUAAACAAUCCUGGACAUAUUUAUUUUGGUUCUUGAUUCACACUGCUGUUCCUGGCACAAGAAAAAAACAUAAUUGAAAAAAGGAAAAUAGGCUUUUUUGGGGAAAAUAGGCAGCUUAGUUUCUCAUGAAGGGCAAAAUGCCUGCCAGAUCAUUUUUGCCACCUAAUCAAGAGGUAGCAAAAAAAAGAAAAAAUAUGUUUGAUGGUUAGAGGGCAGUCACCAAAUUGCGAUUUUCUUCACAGAUCAAUUGUAAACUGACCAAAAGAGGAAACAAAUGAGGUUCAAAAAACAGUCUAUACUUCCAAGCUGUAUUUAUAUAGAUACUUUGUUUGAAGCUAUGCAUCUACAUUAGGCGUUUGACUAGCAGUAAUAUUGUGUCAUUAAUUCUAGUGUGAGAUUGGUUUAGAUUUUUGCUGUAUUUAGCUAGCUAGCUACUGCCAGGGAUAAUUGAAACAACUUUCAGUGGGAGACAGGGGAUUGGCAGACAUUUUGUUGUGAUGCAGAUGACACGCAAAUCUACCUGUCCUCUCCUGAUCUCUCUCCGCCCAUCUUGACUUAUUUCUCUGACUGCCUCUCUUCAAUUUCCAACUGGAUGGCUGCUCACUUCCUUAAACUCAACCUGUCCAAAACAGACCCUGACUACUGCAAUACCCUUCUCAGUGCUCUUACGUGUUCCCAGAUUGCACCGCUGCAAUCUAUAAUGAAUGCGGUGGCGAGGCUCAUUUUCCUGUCCGCUCACACCUCCCACGCCUCUUCGCUCUGUCAGUCCCUGCAUUGGCUUCCAGUUAUAUAUAGUGCUCAAUUUAAAAUUCUGGUGCUUGCUUACAAGUCCCUACAUAAUGCUGCUCCAACCUACCUAUCCUCCCUAAUACACAAGUAUGUCCCUUCGAGGCCCCUACGCUCUGCCAAAGACCUACGUAUAUCCUCUGUCCGUACUGCCACCUCUAAUGCUCGCCUCCAUGAUUUCUCCAGGGCUGCACCUCUUCUGUGGAACUCCCUUCCCUUCUAAGUAAGACUUUCACCCAGUCUCCACUCAAUAAAAAAAUCCUUGAAAACUCACUUUUUCAAGAAAGCAUAUCAAUUAAACUGUUAGCAGGUUUUUAUCCCCCAUCCCCCACGACUCAUCUACUGCAACUGUCAAAAAAUUACUUGCUAAUCCCUCAGUGAAUACUUUUCUAAUAACCCUACUUUUACCCUUUGUGUCACUAUACCCCACUCCCUCUAGAAUGUAAGCUCAUAGAGCAGGCCCUCGACCUCUCUGUUCCUGUACGUCCAGUUAUAUGGUUGCAAUUACAUGUCUGUUAGUCUACCCAUUGUACAGUGCUAUGGAAUCUGAUGGUGCUAUGUAAAUAAUAAAUAAUAUGGAUGUGCAUGGGAAAAGUUUCGGUUCGGUUCGGCAUUCUGAAAUUCAGGACUUUGGCAAUUCGGAACUUCGGGACUUCAGAAUUUCGGCACUUCAAUCCUUCGGAACUUCGGCAACUUCGAAACUUCGGCACUUCAGAAUUUCGUAACUUCGGCACUUCUUUUGCAGCCAUUUAGUAGAUAACUCCCUAAUACCGUUGGAAUCUACCAAAAGGCUACCAAAAGGCUGAAAGACCUAAAAAUUACUUAGUAUUAGUAAAUUCUGCCCCUACUCGCUAUACAGCGAGUAGGGGUAAGUCUAUUAAACAGUGAGCAGCCACUGUAAAAAAACAAAGAAAAACAUCCCCCCCCCGGCCCCCACCGCUGAACAAAGGGUGGGGGCCCUAAAUGAGAAUGUGGGGGGGACCUAUUGUCCUCUCUCUGGCCCUCACCCCUGCAUGAUGGGUGGGGGCCCUAAAUGAGAAUGUGGGGGGGACCUAUUGUCCUCCCCCCGGCCCCCACCCCUGAUUGGUUGGUGGGGGCCCUAAAUUAGAAUAUUGUCCUCCCCCCUGCCCCCACCCCUGAGCAGUGGGUGGCUUCCCUAAGUUAGAAUAAGCAGGGGGGACCUAAAUAAAAAUUUAACCCCCCCCAGGUGACUAGUCACCCACCUCCCAAAAAAAAAAUAACCCCUACCUACCCCCACACCCUAAAAAUAAUGAGGGGGGACCAUUAAUUAGAUACCUGUAAAAAAACAAAAAAAAUUACCAUUUGAUGUCUUCUUUCUUCUUAAAUCUUCUGUUUUCAGCCCCAAAAAAGGCCAAAUAAAAAUCCAUAAUAACCGACGCACUUUAAAAAACAAAAACAAAAAACAUAGCGCAAAAAAAUAAUUAAUCUUCACCUAUGGAGGGCACCGCACAGACUGAGCUCUGCAGGGCAGGGGAAGGCUUAAAAAAGCCUUGACCCGCCCUGCAAUUAGGCUCAGAGUACUCUGGUUGGUUGGUUUAAGCCAUCCAAUUAGAGUGCUCUGACAGGUAAAUGAAGAGACUGACAGGUAAGUCUCUACAUUUACCUGUCACAGCACUCUGAUUGGUUAGCUUGAAAUCCAGCCAAUCAGAGAGUUAUGUGUCAAAUUACACAGCGUGGGAAAGUUCCAAAGAACUUUUUUUUUACAGGUACCUAGUUAAUGGCCCCCCCUCAUUAUUUUUAGGGUGAGGGGGGUAGGUAGGGGUUAUUUUUUGGGGGGAGGAGGGUGACUAGGGGUUUGGGGACCCCUAGUCACCUGGGGGGGUUACAUUUUUAUUUAGUGCCCCAACCCGCUGCUCAGGGGUUGGGGCCAGGGGGAAGGACAAUAGGUCCCCCCCUUAUUCUAAUUUAGGGCCCCCACCCACCGCUCAAGGGUCUGUCUGUAUGUAUGUGUGCCAGUCUGUUUGUAUGUAUGUGUCUUGUCUGUAUGUAUGUGUGCCUGUAUGUCUGUUUGUAUGUGUGUGUCUUUGUAUGUAUGUUUGUUGUGUGUGUGUGUCUGUCUGUCUGUAUGUGUGUGUGUCUGUAAGAAUGUGUGCCUGUCUGUUUGUAUGUAUGUAUGUGUCUUUGUAUGUAUGUGUCUGUCUGUAUGUAUCUGUCUGUCUGUGUGUGUCUCUAUAUGUAUGUGUGUGUGUGUGUGUGUGUGUGUCGGCGGGGAAGUUAGAGGGGGGGAAUAGGGAGGAAGGGGGGGCCCAUGGGUUAUGUUCAGUUUCAUCACUAUGCAUCAGUUUCGCACUGGGGCCCCAUGGGUUAUGUGUAUGACACUGGAUGCAAGUGUUGUCACAGCUUCCAAAGAUACAAAACAACGAGCAUCUUCAUUGACUCCAAGGCCAAGGGUUGCAGUUGAUAUAUUGUGCCAAAGCAAAGUUUGACAUUAGUUUGACAGCCUCCAGCCUCCUCCUCUUUAGAGAUUUUGAAAUAGCUGUUAAUUGUAGAAGAAUAAAAUCUGCACCAUGAAAUUACAAAAAAUAGGCUGAUUCUUAAAAAUAUUGUUCAUAUCUUCCAUUAUUCUUAUGUAUUGGUUUUUUUUUUUCUCCUAUUGCAAGUCACAUGAAGUCCUGGACUGGCCAUCAGGCAAACUGGGCAAAUGCCAGAAGAUCUCCUGUGCCGGCCCAUGCAAAGCCAGCACUAUCCAAGCGCUGGCCCUGCUUUGUGCCAUGACGGGCUGGUGGAAAGAUAAAAAUUCUUCCUCACUGACCCAAAGGCAGUAAAAUCUGGCAACGGAGGAAGGAGAGGAGGACCUUAUACAUACACUGCAACACUUACACACAAUACAUUCCAGACAAACACACGCUACAUUGUAGGGACAUCUCUGAAUUCCCUACAUACAUUACCUAUACACACACUCUGGAUACUUUUUGGAAUCAUGAGCGAAAGGCAUUGAGGUAGGUCUGUCUACAGGGCUCAAAAAUAAUUUGUUUAGUACUUUAUGGUUAGAUGCUUCAGUUAAUAAAUACAAAUUCUGAGGUGCCCAAAAUAAACACAUUUUGGUAACUCAGAAUUGGCAUUGCAAAAAUGAUGAUAUUACGCACCCAUUGGACAAGGCAAUAUUGUAGCCAUUUUGUUUUGCAUGUUAGGACAAUCUCAGGCACCAUUCUUUCUGCUGAUCUGUCUUCCAAAAUUGAUUUCCUAAAUGUGUAAUCAAUUUAUUUUUCACAUGUAACUCCUAACACCAUCUAGUAAACGGAGUUGUAGUUUUAUACUUUUUAGGGCAAUUCACUUUGAACAGAGCGUUUGAAUUUACCAUUACUUCUCACUUACACCAGCUUGUAAGAUCUGAACUAUUGUAACAUUUCAGCAAUGACAGGUUUUCUUAAGAUGCUCACUAGUAAAUUGAGGUAAUUACAUGAAUUGUAGGAUUAAUUUGAAUACAUUGCUUUAAAUUUUAACUGUUUAUAAAGGAAAGAGUAGAAAAAUUAACAGAAUAAAGGAGCCAAAAAUAUAGUCCAGUGAUGAAAAUUAUAGCAUAUCAGCAUAUAAGGCUAUAAUUUGAAACCACUUAACUUAAAAUAGUUUAAUAUUUUUAAUGAUGAGUGGAGAUAAAGACAUCUUAAGACACUUGUAAUGUGUUUAUUUAAAAAGAGAAUACAGCCAUCUGUUCUAAAAUAUUGUAUCUCAAGCUUCUCCAUUUUCUUUCAUACAUUUUUCUUCCCACUGUGCACAUCUUUUUAUGUUGAUUUUCAAAAUUAAAUCUAAUUAUAUAAUUGCUCUGAAAAGGCUUCUGUUCAUUAAAACAAAUAGCCCUCGAUGCUGACUUGCUAUUAGUCCCAUUAUAUUAGUCAAGCAUGUUAUAAAAUAUAAAUCUACUUAUAUGUUGUUGUGUUCUGAAGUUGUACUUAUUUUUAUAUACCAAACCUUAUUUGAAUGCUUUAAUUCCUGUUUUGGGGUAUUCCUGGAAUGUUUUUAAAGAAAAAAUUUAAUUCAUUGCAUAGUUCAGUAUUCAGUACACGUUAAAAAGCGCAACAGAAAUCUCUGCUUUAGAUAGUGUGGCCACAUGAAUAGACAGAGGAAAGGAUACUGCAUUACCUAUAGAAAAACCUUCACUAUGUGCAGCUCACCCACUCACUGUCACAAAAGGAAGCUUUCAGCAGUCAAAGUCCAAACAUUUUGCCCAAUGCACAGGCUUUAAAUAUCUUUAUUUAAACACUGCACGAUUUAAAAGUACAUUAUAGUCACCAGAACUACAGCUUACUGUUCUGGUGUCUAUACCCUGUCCCUGUAGGCUUUUUAAUGUAAAUGCUGCCUUUUCAGAUAAAAUGCAGUGUUUAUAUUUCUGGCUAGUUACACAUCUAGUUUCAGUCACUCAGAUGGAUACUAGAGGUGCUUCCUGCGUUCAGCUUCUCCAUGUUCUGCAUAGAAACGCUUAAAGCUCCCCCUAGAGAUGCAUUAAUUCAAUACACCUCUAUGAGGAGAUGCUGACUGAUGCAGAGCAAAGCAAAGGAAAGCAUUGGAUUUGUUGAGAUCAUCAAGAUUGGACUUGAAACCAAGAAAUUUCCCUAUGGACCAGCAUAUCUCUUGGCUGAUGCUGGAUCCCCACUCCAGUCACUUCUUAGCAUAGCAUGGUAGAGCCUCACACAGAUGCACCUCUACAGUGGUCCACGGCUCGGCCACGCUACAAGAAGGUCAGCAGGCACAGGAGGGGAGGGGGGUGAUGAGACAUAUUGAGAGCCUGGGGGGAAUGACAAUGAGACACAUGGAGGGGCUAGUGGGAGAAAUUAGACACAUGGACAAGUUGGGAGGGGUAAUUAGACAGAUGGAAAAGGAAGGGGUGAAAGAGAGAAACUGGCUUGGGCUACACAAAAGGGAUUGGGGGAGAAAGACAUGCAAAAGGAGCUGGAGGAAAGAGACAUACAGAGAGGCUGAAAAGGGAAAAAGAGAAACACAAAGGGGCUGGGAGGAAGUAAAAGAUACACAACGGGGGUUGUAAGAGACACGCAAGAAGGGAAGAAGGGUGUAAGACCCACAAAGGUGAAAUAUAGGGCAUAAGAUACACUAAAGCAGUGCAUCAAUGGUGAAGAUGCAUUUUUUUUUUUGCUGGUAUGGUAGGGGAUGUGUCUUUGCCUGUGUCUCCUGUUCUGCCUGUAACACAGUUCUUCUGCACAGGAGUCAAUGCUAAAGAUUUGAUUGACAGGUGAGAGAAAUGGACACUAUAAAAAGAAAUGGACACUAUAGUCACCAGAACCACUACAGUUUAAGUGCCUCUGGUGUCUAUAGACUGUCCCUUCAGACUGAGCACUGUAAAUGCUUCCUUUUUAGAGAAAAGGCAGUGUUUACAUUGUUGCCUAGGAACACCUCUAGUGGCAGUCACUCCGUCUGCCAAUAGAGGUGCUUCGUGGUCCAGUGCUGUGCAGUGUGCAGCACCUACAUUCAGUGUCUCCAUGCUCUGCAUGGAGGCACUGAACGCUACCCACAGACAUUCAUUGAUUCAAUGCAUCUCUAUGUUUUGCCACACAUGCGCAAUAGCCUUUCAAUGCUUUCCUGUGUGAAAGUAUUGGAUUGGCUAAGAUCAUUCAGUUUGAUGAUGUUAGCCAAAAUGAAGAGCACACUCAUAUUACUUCAAAAUAAACAAGAUGAUAUUUUUUUUACAGCUGUGCAACAGUAGCAUACAUUCAUCAUUUCAGUCACAUUACAAAACUUUCCUUACUAUGUCAAGGUAGUUGGACUGAAACAUUGAUAUACAAUGGUAUACAAAUGCACGUCUGCUUAAAAUAAAACCGCUCCCUUGUUUACUUUGAAGCCCUAUGCAUGCUUUCUUUUACGUUGGAGUAGUAGUUUCUAAUUUUAAGUUAUCCUUUUCACUUCUAUAUCUGCACACAUUUUUUUUUUACCAGGGUUGAUUUACAUUUCCAGUGGGGCCAGCUACGGGGAGACCAGCACUGUGUGGGGAAAAAAAGGGUGAGUAAAGUCACUUUUUCAGAUUGAUCGGAGGUGCGAGGAUCUAAACAGCCACACAGGUACUAUAGUAUCAGGAAUACAUAUUUGUAUCCCUGACACUAUAGUGUUCUUUUAAUUUAUUUGCGGAUCCUAUUUUUAGCACUGGAAUAGAGGUUUAAUGGUUUUAAACAAAUUAGGAUUUUUUUUUCACCAAUAUCAGUGCUUGCUGCUACAGGAUAGUUGUGCUAGCUACUACUAGGCUCAUCUUUCACGGCUAUCCAGGAUACUCGCUUGCCACCACUCAAACUCAUGCAUCCUGCAGCCUCUCCAUUGCCAUUCAGUGCUGCCAAAUGAUGGUCAUUACUGACACGUGUCAAUCACUAUAAAAGUCCAGUUUGACCUUAAUACUGCUCCCUGUUGUAUUUUCAUGAUUCUUUAAUGUAUUUUGUUCAUUGGCCCUUAUGCCUGGUACCACUUGACUAAGCUUAGUAUUACAUUUAUUCUGUUUGGUUAUCCAUUACUUUCUUGCCUGCUUGCAAGCACACUGUUUCCUAUACUCUUGGUACUGCAUUAGCACAACUCUAGACAAGUACAUCCUGCUAUCAUUCCUUCUUUUUUUUUUUAACUACCUGACUAGAUGCUAUACCUGUGACAUCAUCAACCUCAUUAGCACACAUGAUGUGCAUGUGCUCCAAUAUUGUUAAUUAUCCUGUAGGCAGGCAAAAUAGACACAUUAGAUGUCUCUGUGUAACUUUUAUAUUUUAUUUUAUUUUAUUUAUUUUAUAUGAUUUUCUCCCCAUCUUGUCUAUUUUUGCAUUCACUUUCAUUCUGUCUGCUAUAUGUACAGCAUAUUAUCUAUUGUAGGUUGUAUGAGAUAGUUGGACUGUAACUUUAGUCCUGCAAGACAAAUAAUAAAUUAUUGUUAAUGGAAUUUCAAGGAGGCAUUGUUCAUUUGGUGUGACAAGCAAGAAAAUAUUACUUAUUUAUGGUAUAUGGUUGCACGGCCAUAUACAAGGCCCUUAUCUAGGUAUGUUAUUGUCCAACUUGAAAUCAAGGCAUGCCACGAACCAGAUCCGCCACUUGGGUAUCACCAAUAACCAUACUAAAUUGCAAGUGGACUACUCAAAAAUAACAUUCAUUAAACCCCAAUUAAAAGCUAACAUAACCAAUAUGAAAAAAGUACAACUUUUCAUGCAAAAAGAGUAAAAAAAAUAAAUAUAUUUAAUAUAUAUGCACACUCUAAAUACAGUGGGUAGACAACGGCUCCAAUGAAGUGUGCAAGUAACUUACAGACUUUAGAGCCCACCCUUGGAUGUAUGUAUAAUGCUCAGUAGUGGAUAUGGUGGCCAAUCUUCAUGUAAGGUAAAAUUAUGAAGUCUCCACAAGAGUCGCAGGACCUCACACGUCAUUGGGCAACCACCAUUUUAGGACAUUUACGUGUGUUGUGAUCAGUGGUACCAUGUCAAAUGCCUCUUCAUUAUCAUCUCUAUCUAGUCCAGCCAUUACGGGCCUCUCACGGUAAAGUUGGUUAUAUACAUGUCAUGAUAUGGAGCAGGUCUGCCAUUGUGCUUCACUAUGUGUGUGUUGCAACUGCUCCACAGCUCCACAGCCAUUAAUCAACCCACGUCCUACCAUUUCAUACAUCUGCUAAUUCUCAUACUGCCCUUACGUGGCCACCCUGCUACUCAUAAAUUGCAAAAGAGCUCUCUCAUCCUUCUACUCCAAUACUUUUGACACACAUCACUCACUAGACCUUCAUUACAUAUGCUUCAAACACCCUUUGGUGGGCUUACCGCUACAACCAAAUUUUGGCCUUUCUGCAGCACAGGGGUUAUAUAUUGCCCUAUUAUGCUAUGUUUAAGAAAGCCAUUCAGUGUAAAAUCCUAAUAACAAACAAAUAAAAAAAAAAUGUAAAAAAACUAAAACAAAACAGAUACGCAAUUCACAGUCCAUUCCUACAACCUUGGUAAUGUUAACCUACAUCUGUUCAUGCCAUAAUCCGUACAUCUCAUACAGCCUAUUAUCCACCCGGCAGCUCAAAACUUACAUUUGGCCUUUCACUGUUAUACCUCUAUGCACUCCAUAGGUUACAUAGGGCCCCUCCGCAGGCAAUGUACUAUGACACAAUAUCAUCCCCUCAUUUGGGUAAUUACAUCCGACAUAAGACUUACAUUUAGCACUCCUCGCCUUCCGCAGCAAUACCUCUACUCACGGCCCUCACUAGGCCAUAACUCCAUACGUUACAUACGGCCAUCCGUGGUCAUUCCACUAUAACACACUUUAAUGCCCCUCAUUUGAGCAAUUACAUAUGACAUAAGACCUACAUUUAGCACUCCCUGCCUUCUGCUGCAAAGCCUCUACUCACAGCCCUCACUAAGCCUUCAUUUGUUACAUACAGCCCUCCACGGGCAAUUUACUACAACACAAUUUUGCCCCCACAUUUGGGCAAUUACGUAUGACAUUUCAUUCUUUACAAGACUAAAAAAGAUGAAAGGGGAGGCAGCACCACAGGUGAAAUAAAAUAUAAAUAAAUAAAUAAACCUGAUUAUAAACUAUACAAGCACAUAUACAAGACACUAUAUAAGAGAAAAUACAUACAAGAUAAAAAACCAAAAAGAGCUUGAAAUAUGGAUAAUGAAUAAUAAUCAAGAGUCCAAAGAUUAAGUCCAAAAGAGUCUAUGCCUGAUAAAUGCAGCAAAAAAAAGUCCAAAUAAAACCUUGUAUAAGAAGUCAGUCACAAUCUUGUCAGGGGAAGUAUUCCUCAGUAACGUAUGGACAUGGGAUAUUCAUGAAAUCCAUAUGAAAAAAAUGAAAAGACAGCAAAUAAUGGUGCAGUAUAUCCCAACAGGUACUAAGUACUGUUUUUAGAGGUCUAUAUGGUCCUACGCACGUUUUCCAGAGCUAUAAGACUAGCUCUAGUGUGGAUGGCAUACAGUGGUACAAUCCCCACUUAUGGGAUACGUGAAGUUUUGUAGUGGAUGGAUAUCUUGUUGGUGUAAGGACCAUAUGAAAUGUAAAAGAAACACUAAUAGUGCUUAUUGUAUAAAAGCCAGAGGUGAAGUAAUAAAAUACCAAGUGGUUACUCACAUUUUAUUAAGCAGGCAGACUGCUCAAUGGAUAAAGCUUGAGUGGUAUAAUCCCCACCAAGGAUUCUUUGGAGUAAGAAUAAAAACUCUGGUGCCAGGUAAAAAUAAAUAAAAGAGUAAAAUGGCUGACUCACAAGUUGAAAGUGGCCAAAAUACCUUUAAUAAAAUACAGCAAUUAAAAUACCACAACACAUUUCUCCCCUUAGGGCUUUCUCAAGUGGAUAAAAACAUGUACCUGACAACACUGGCUUUAUAUAGGCCUCAGAUUACUUAAUUUUGGUGCCAAAAAUUAGGUCAUGUGACUUUUUAUUUUUUGGUGUGUAACUUUAUUGUAGAACAUGUUUCAGCCAUAUUAGGGAGGGCAAUGAAACAUGUGUCAGCCAUAUUAGGGAGAGCAAUGAAAAAAGUGGAAGAAGGGAAUGAAUGAUUAAAACAUAUAUGUGUGUUCUGGUUUGGUAUUUUGGGUAUUUGACUUUGGCUCUGGUUUGGUUACUCUGUGUUCUCUUUCCCUUUGACUCGGCUUGUACUUUUGCUUAACUGUUUUCUGUUUUCUGGCUCCCUUGACCUCGGCUCGUCCCUGACUAUUCUUUGUCCUUACUAACGUUAGUCUGGCCAUUCUAAGGUUCGGUAUACAUUUUCUUAUUACACUCUGCGUAUUUGAUCCCAGUGUUGUUCCUGACAACCAUCCAUCCAGAUCAUUGCAACAUGGUUGAGAUAUUGUGUGGUCAACUUACAAAAAUGGCAACAUCAGAUAUCAGAAUCUUACAGUUUUCACUGAUAGACUAUUACUAGAUAUACUCAAGAUUGAGGCUCCCAGUAACAGCAAAUGCAUGCCUCACUAAGAAGACAUCAAGUAGUAGACUAGUCUCAAUGAUCUAAGUGACAGCAUUUUAAACAACCACAGAACAGGGAACCAUGGUAGACAUAAAGUACAGAGAGCUUCACAAGGGGCUUAAAUUAAUUAAACCAGCAAAAUAAACCUAUAUUCAUAUACAGUUUGUUUUUAGUAAACCAAGGGAUUGGCACAUAUACAGUUUCUUCUGCUUCUGGCUGGUUUCAUAAUAGUGAUAAAUUAAUCAUUUGUAAUAGAGAAUUGCCACAAGCGAAUGCAUUUAUUUCACACUCCACAAGGCCUGAAGAAUUAUAUAUUCGCUGGUCAUCCUUGCGUAGAGUACAUAUUUCUUUCUAAAGCAUUUAACCAUUACUGAUUAGCAUAUAUGUCACUAUUAUAUAUUCCUAUACAAAAACAUAAAGUUAGUGCUAUUAAAAUGUAUUGAAUAGACACAUUUUGGCUUUGCAGUUUGUCUAUAUUAAAAUAAUAAUGAAUUCACUGUUGCAUAGAAAAUAGAUAAAAUAGAGCAGAGUUACACAGAAUAAAUAAAAUUGUGGCUGUGUGGUUGCUGGGGGUAUUGAACACUUUUUAAAUAGUUUGCAAUUACUUUCCAGGCUGCUGUGAUAUCUUGUGUAUUCUAUGUACCUAAUUUGUUAGUAUAUGUACAGAAAUGUUGUAAUAUUCUAAUGAAGAUACAGCCCUGAUACAGAAUUAGUCUUGAGCAGUUUAGUGUAUUUACACCAAUAUUAACCAUAUUUAUCCCGAUGUGUCUGGCAAAAUUACAGGCUGUGAGUGGUGUGCUCACAAUGGGAGCAAUAAACUAUCGUCAGAAUUGUGGUGCAGCAUGAGUUUGUCAAAGAUUACCAUGAAGGAUAAAUAGUUUUUAAUGCUCUAGAACAGAGUUUUAUUUAUUUAUUUAUUUUUAUUUAAGAUUUUAAGAAAUAAGUUGUAAUACACAGAGAAAGACAUGACAAAGAGUCAAUCAGUACAUUUUUCAAGUAAUUAAAAAACACAUAAAAAAGCUUUCAAGAGCCAGCUACAUAUAUGAAAAACAAAUGGUUUGUAGAAUGCACAAAUUCAAACAUAAACCCAUAAAUAAACUUCAAGAGAGGACUUCUUGAUUUUUUUUUAAUAUUCAAUACAUAGUCACAUAGCUGAAAAGAGACAUGUUGAUCCAAAAGAAGGCAAAAAACCCAGUUUGAAGCACUUCCAAUUUUGCAACAAAAAAGGAAAAAAAUGCCUUCUUCACCACAGAAUGACAGUCAUAUCUCCUUGGAUCAAGAAACUAUACUGAGGUGUCCCGUUGCCAAUCGCGGGAACGAAAACCAGUCUGCAAUGAGUUAGGCGAUCUCCUGAAGGUACUCUGGUUGGAGAGUGACCUUGUGUGGAAGUUAUAAAUGAUAAAUGUCCUUCGUUAUUACUAUAAGAGUCCGAAGCCGGACUCUGCCCAGGUGGUUUAUGUAUCAAGUCACUGAGAUAUUGUCCAUGUGUAGGAGGAUACAUCAGACAUGUCCUUGGCUAACUGUAAGUCAUAGAUGAUCCUGCCCCCAGUUGUCUUUUCCCCAGACCAUGGGCCUCCAAUAGGAGUAUGUUCAGUGAACUUCCCAGCCAUAGAGGCUGAUGGUCGAUUUCACUAUGAAAUCUGGUGCGGAUCCAAAGAUGGCUCUGCCGUUCCAUGUCGGUAUAUGUGGGAGCCAACAUGAAUUUCCAUUCACCUCUCUGAUGACACCAUCAUCCAGUGGUCCUAGGAGCGCCUUGUCCCCAGGUAAUAGACUUUCGGGUAUUGCAUAGCCCGGUAGUUUAGAGUCCCUGGGGAGGUUGCAUGUAUAAAAGAGGGAAGGAGUCACAUCACUCUGGCCAGGAACCAAAGUGGAAUGGAGUUCUUGCGGAGUAAGUAACACAUCUCCCUGCGAAUUCUGGUCCUUUCAUACGAGCCAUUGAAUCCCAGCAUGUUGUCUAGAUAGGUAGUGUGACAGACCCUCCAUCAAUCAAGGCUCCUAGUGCUUACCAAGGUCCAUCAGCACUGCACCAGACACCAUAAGCACUGCAGGUCCUACAAACCACUGCAGCUUGGCGGGGAACUCGCCGUCCUCUACCCUUGCUGGACCUACGACAAGGGGCAUUGUUCCAAGUCCCAAUAUGCACAAUUAGUGUUUUUAAAGGGCAAUACAUCCCAGGGGCCAUAGUCACAGGGUAAGAGGCUGGCAAGCAGGCCUCUCCAAAAAUCAGUGGUGAGGUCACUUUUGCCACAUAUCUCCCUCCUUAGGGGAAGACUAACCAGGUACCUGACCUCACGCCGGUCUGUACCUGAGUUAGUCUGGCAGCCCACCCACAACCAAAUUCUGGACCUGGUGAAUUUGGUAGCCUGUCUCUGUCCAGUGAGUCCACCAAGGUUGUGUUGGUAUUUGGUACUCGCGGUCUCUGGGUUGCUCUCUGCCUUGGAAUGGAGGUUACUUUGUGGGCAGAGAUCAGUGGUGCUCUGCCCUGUAUGCCACCUUCCAGCUCUGCAGCUGGGGGAGCCGGGGCAUAGGCAUUACAGCUGGGUAUGGAAGUGGGUAGUCAGUUCCUGGAUCACUGACCAGGGGAGGACAGAGGCUAACUGUGCUCUGCCUUGUUGCCAGUGCUUCUGCUGGGUUAGCCUGCAGGGAGUCAGGCUUUGGACAAGGGGAAAAUUGAGGGAAGAAGUCGACCACACUCUGCCCGGAUGCCAGCUCUUCUGCUGGAAGGGGAUCAGUGGGUAUCGCAGACUCAUCUACUGCCCCCCAGGACCGGUUCGGGAUUAGCUGGGGAGAGAAGAACUCGCUUACCUCCUCCUCCUGGUAUCCCUGCGGGGAUGUUUGGGGAUCUGGACCGUCCAGCAUCCCUGUAGGAUUGUUACAUAGACUGCUGUCCCAUCUGCGCCAGUGGGGUUAGGGUUGCUUUCCCCCUGUAGUUGAG